UUUCUCUUUCUUUAAUCGGAUAGAUUUUUCAUUUUUUUCUCCUACUUUGUUUUUCCGUCAAAACGUCAAACACAUGCUUAUCUUCGAUCGAAGUGAAGAAACGGAAGAAAAAGUUCCUAUUAAUUCCAGAAUCACACAGCGGACCGUGCUAAACGAGUGAAUCCAUUUUGCCGCCAUUUUGCUCGCGCAGCUCGUGUCAGAGCUGUCAGAGGAUUAGGAGACGAUUUCGCGGACGAUUUCACGACUCGCGAAGGAAUUCAAAGACGCGCGAUUUCGCGGCGACCUGGGGAGUCGUCUGCAUCAUAUGAGUGGGGUGAGUUUCGCGCACGAUCGAGUAUUAUCGCGCCAGCUCGAGUUCAUCGUUCGGACGAUUCCGUUGGUCGAGCGGGAUUUUGAAUUCAGGACGCCUCUUCGGCGUGAUGCUCUUCGCGAUAUGCGAUGGCGGGUGCUGGAAAUAUGGGAACCUGAUAGUGACCCAGAUCUGUCGUUCAUCUGACUCGAUCGGAAUAUUUGUGCGUCGCGGGAACGUCGAGCACAGUGGAGAAACAUAAUCAGAGUGAUUCUGGAGAAGGUGAGGUUAGAGGUUUCGCGUCAGGAUUCUGUAAUUCCUUCGGUUAGCAUCGCGCGGGAAAGAUCGGUUCGCGAGUGCGAGCUCGCGUUUUCAACAGUGCCGCAGCAGGAGAAGGUGAUUCAUUCGAUAUCGUGGCCUGGUAAACGAACUAGUAUUGAUAAUUUAAGUGGCAGAUCGGCUGGGCCGAUCGAUGAUGUUGUCGACAGACUAACCUCGAAACGCAGCGAGGUUACGACGCAGGCUGGAGAGCUGUAGAUAGAAGGCUGUAGAAACCGUCCGGAUGGCCAACAACUCCCCAGUGAAGAGACACACCCCCGGCGGGGUCGACAUGGAAGUGAACGAGCAGGACACAGAAUUUGACACGGAUGAGGAGGGUGGCUUGCGGGUGGAUGAUGAGAUAUACAUCCCACCACCUUUGAAAAACUUUAAUGAGAUUGAUGAAACUGGAUCCAGGCUCAUGAUUGCCAAGAUUGUUAACGAAAACUUCAAGAGCUAUGCUGGCACACAUAUAAUUGGUCCCUUUCAAAAGAGUUUCUCGGCAAUAGUGGGUCCCAAUGGCAGUGGCAAAAGCAAUGUGAUAGACUCUAUGCUAUUUGUGUUUGGCUAUCGUGCUAGCAAGAUUAGAUCGAAGAAGAUCUCUGUCUUAAUACAUAAUUCCAGUGAGCAUCCGAAUGUGAACAGUUGUACUGUUUCUAUACAUUUCCAAAGAAUUAUCGAUAAGCCUGGUGAAGACUUUGAUGUUGUUCCGGGCAGCGAGUUUGUUAUAUCUAGAACAGCGUUCAAGGAUAGUUCAUCAUAUUAUGAGCUUAAUAAGAAGAAAGUACAAUUUAAAGAGAUUGCCAAACUCUUGAGGUAUCAUGGAGUCGAUUUGGAUCACAAUCGUUUUUUGAUAUUACAGGGUGAAGUAGAACAAAUUGCACUAAUGAAACCAAAAGCUCAAAAUGAAAACGAUACCGGAAUGUUAGAAUUUUUGGAAGAUAUUAUUGGCACAUUUCGUUAUAAAGAACCCUUGGAGAAAUUAUUGAAUAAGAUCGAAGAAUUAACAGAACGUAAAAUAGAGAAGCUGCAUCGACUUAGAGUCGUGCAAAAGGAGAAAGAGGCCUUGGAGGAGCCUAUGCAAGAGGCAGUACAGUACUUAAAAACGGAGAAUUCAAUAAUUAGUCUGCAAUAUCAAAUUUAUCAUUGCAAAAGAUCCGAGGCAAUGAAGAAGCUUGUUGAAUGCGAAGCGACGAACGAUAGUAUUACUAAGGAACAUACUACAUUGACAGACGAGAUGAUUAGCGUUAGCAAAGAGAAAGGGGAAAAAAUCAAGAUUAUUAAGGAAAAGAACAAGAAGUGGGACGCUUUGCAACGGCAAAAAGACGAAGCCACGGCGAGAUUCGAUGAAAUGCACAAGCAGGACGAGUCGCUGCAUGCCGAACUAAUAGAGACAAAUAAGCGGCGGAAAGCUAAUAUAGCAUCCAGCAAAACAGAGAAAAGUAAGCUGGAGGAACUACUGAAGGUACCAGAGAAAAACACUAAGGAUAUUAAUGAAUGCGAGCAUCUGAUCGAGACGCAGGCAGCCAAAAAAGAAAAAGAAGAGGCUACGUUAGCAACUUUGAUGUCGAAUCUACGAGAAAAAACAGAGCCGUUACUGAAUGAGCGGUCCAAGUUGGAGAAAAAACUGAUAUCUCUUAGGAAAGACGUAGAUCAAGCGAAAGCGGCAUACGAUAUCGCGCAGUCAGAGUUGGAACUUUAUACAUCGGUAGAGAAAAUCGAGAAAGAGAAAUUGGAAAAUCUCCAAGAGUCUUUGGAAAGAACUGCGAGUACUCUCAAAGAGCGACAAAAGCAGCUGGCAUUAUUCGAGACGAAAAUCCCGGCAACUGAGCGCAGUUUGAAGCAGGCACAGAGCGAACUUAAUGAAGCAAAGGCUCUCGAAAGCGAGAAAACCGCUCAGCUGCAAAAGAUGCGAAUUACUUUUGAGGAACAGCGUUCUGCCAUGCAGGCUAGCAGGUCACGAAACCACGUCUUAGACUCAUUGAUGAGAGAAAAACGUGAGGGACGAUUACCUGGAAUAUUUGGGAGACUGGGUGAUUUGGGCGCCAUUGAUGCCAAAUACGAUGUCGCUGUAUCGACGGCAUGCGGUCCACUGGAUGACAUUGUUGUGGACACGGUAACCACUGCGCAGGCAUGUAUCACCUAUCUGCGACAACAUAACAUAGGACGCGCUACAUUUAUAGCUUUAGAAAAACAGCAACGAUUCCAAAGUAAGAUCAAUCAGAGUAUCCAAACACCAGAGAACGUACAUCGACUAUUUGAUCUGAUUAAAGUAGAAGAUAAGCGAGUGCUGCCAGCGUUUUAUUAUGGUCUACAAGACACUUUAGUAGCGCAGGAUUUGGAUCAGGCAACACGCAUCGCUUAUGGUAGCAUACGAUAUCGCGUAGUAACAUUGAAAGGCGAACUGAUCGAGCUGUCGGGUACGAUGAGUGGUGGUGGUCGCACAGUAUUCCGAGGUCGGAUGGGUCAGAAAGUGGUGAGGAAUGAGCCGUCGAACGCUGAUAUCGAAAAAUUACAAUCACAGUUGGAUACUAUAUUUGAAGAGUGCAAUAAGCUGAGAGCGAAACAGAAACCUCUGGAAGAACAGGUCCAUGUGUUGACAUCUGGUUUGAAAGAUAUGAAAGUUGAUAAGCAGAGAUUCAAUAUCGAGGUACAGACACUGAGCGAGCAGGAGCCAUCGUUGCGAGCGCAGCUGAAGGCACAGGAAAAAACUGCCGCGAACGCUGUAGCAGACCCAAAGAAAGUUACGGAACUGCAGAAAGUGGUGGACGCGACGAAAUUGCAUCUGAACGAAGUCGAAGAGAAUUCCGCUUCGGUAGAGCAAGAGGUGGAACGUAUCAACAAGAAGAUAGAUGAUAUCUCCGGCAGUCGGGUGCGGGAUCAGCAGGCGAAAAUUGCGCAGCUGACCAAAUCGAUAGAUAAAACCAAGGCGGAAAUAUAUCGUCUGCAGGUGGCUAUUAAGACUGCCGAGAGAAACGUCAAAAAGACUGAGAAACACAUAGAAACGCUGGAAAACGAUGUACACACCUGCGAGCAGAGGUUAAGGGACAUUCAGAAGGAAAAAUCCGAACUCGAGGAACAUGCUAAAGUCAUUCUGGAUGAAUUGAAGGGACUCAAUGAGGUAUUGGUAGAGUGGGACGACGCCACAUUGUCUUUGAAGGACGAGUUGAACAAACUGCAGGCGCGUGAGGACAAAAUGAAGGCGGUGAAGAUCGAUGUGGAGCAGAAAUUACAAGAGAAUAAGAAAUCGUUAAAGGAGCUCCAGCAAAUGAUCCCCGCGUAUAAUCGGGACAUAAAGAAUCUGAAAUUACGCCAGAUUCCCCAUGAAAUUUUAGAGCCUCUUAAGGAUCUGACUGAGGAGGAGAUCAAUCAAUUGGACAUGAAGAUGUUGCUGCAGAAUUUGGUAAGGAUAAAAAAAAAGCUACCCGAGCAGAUACCCAACAUGCAAAUCAUUGCGGAUUACGAGGAGAAAGACGCGCUGUAUAUGAGCCGUGCCGCUGAUCUGGAAGAGACGACGUCGGUACGCAACAAGAUGCGUGACAUCUACGAAACUGCUCGGCGACGCAGGAUCCAGGAAUUCCUACACGGUUUUACCCUGAUCACUACCAAGUUGAAGGAGAUGUACCAGAUGAUUACGCUUGGCGGCGAUGCAGAGCUAGAACUGGUGGAUUCGUUAGAUCCGUUAAGCGAGGGUAUUGUAUUUAGUGUGCGUCCGCCCAAAAAAUCAUGGAAGAGCAUCGAUAAACUCAGUGGCGGUGAGAAGACUCUAAGUUCGUUGGCGCUGGUUUUUGCCCUCCAUCAUUACAAACCCACGCCUGUGUACUUUAUGGAUGAGAUCGAUGCGGCGCUUGACUUCAAGAAUGUCUCCAUUGUUGGUAACUACAUCAAAGAGCGCACGAAAAACGCACAAUUCAUCGUCAUCUCGUUACGUUCGAAUAUGUUCGAACUGGCCGACUCUCUGGUGGGCAUCUACAAGACGUUUAACUGCUCUAAAAGUGUGACUCUCCGAUUGUCCCGUUACUAUGAAAAUAAUGGUAUCGUGCCGCCCACGCAGCUUACUUCGAAGACCUACGCGUCCCAGGCCUCGCAGAAAUCGCGACUGCCCUUGUCGCAACACACUCAGACGAAUUCACGUAAGAAGAACACCGCACCCACGAAGGAUAAUAAUGCGAAAGAAACAUUAUUGAACGAGAAAGAGACGUUACCUGCGAAGGAUAAUAAUGCGAAAGAAACAUUAUUGAACGGGAAAGAGACGUUGCCCACGAAGAACAAUAAUGUGAAAAAAACGUCAUUGAAUGGGAAAGAAACAUCGUCCGCGAAGGACAAUAAUACAAAAGAAACGUCAUUAAAUAAGGAAGAAACAUCGUCUACAAAGCACAAUAACGCGAAGGAAACAUCAUCUGAUGCGGAAAUAAACACAAAAAAGAAUAACGCAAAGACACCAAAUGGAAAGCGACAGAAAGUUGAUCGACUAGGUAUUCCGGAAUUGGCGAUACGCUUAACGCCAACUCGACACUCUUCCAGGCUUGCGAAGAAAAGUAUGGAAAGAGAAGAGAACGACAACAAGGGACCAGCUAGGAAAAAGCAAAGGUCGCAGUAAUGUAAUGCUUCCAGAAAAUAUGCGCUGGGGCUUGAUGCCGGCAACUCCUAGUAUAAAUAUUAUAAAUUAAAUAUUAUUAUAUUUUUGCAUAAUGAAUUGUAGAAUACGAUUUUUUUUGCAUCCUCAUAGCCCUUUAACGUUGGCUAAGGAUGUGAAGUAAUGUACCAUAACUUACUGUGUAGAAAGUUAUCAUAAAGUUAUCAUAACAGAUAAAAUAAAAAAAAUAGUCGAUAUAAUUUUAUUUUUAAAUUUAGUGUUAUACAUGCGAAUUUUCUCAGUUUUAUCGAAUGAUUUAAGAUUUUUGUGUAAUAUGUUGGGAUAACGCUUGUAUAACAGAGUAAGAUACAGGAUUCGCUUCUUUUAUCUGUUUUUUCUUACAUUUCACCUUUUUUUUGUGUUCUUAAAUCAGAAUCAGAUACGUAUAUGUAUUUCGAAUAUACAAUAAAUCGAGCAACUUGAUUCAGUUAAGAGAAGCGGAUCUAUAAUAAGUGCAAAAUGCAAUAUUUUUAUAUGUUUGUACAAGUCGCCUAUGAAGAAACUAUAUUAAAAUUACUAUUGAAACAGGAA